GCUAUCUUCCCCAUUUCUAAUUUCUGACUGUUAUUAUUUCUGUUGUCAUGUCAGUCGUCACUUCCUCUUAAGACAUUACUAGAAAUUGCUGAGGACAGAGAGAGCGAGAGAAAAACCUUCAUCGCGCAACACAUUAGACACCCAUGGCAGUAGUAUGCAGCUACUGCCCACCGGAACUCAAACCUUCGCUAUUUCUUGGUCGAACUCCUCCUUUCCUCGGAAAAGUACAAUUUCAGCUCAUGGCACUGAACUAUAGAUGCACGUCAAGAAUUAAUGCCCUUUUUUGGGGACCCAAGAAGGCAGUCGAGCGAUAUGAUGCUUCUCUUUCACUGGGAGAAUUCUCUUUGACAGGGUCAGGCUCAGAGAGGGCUCCAGCUGAUUCAUUUUUACCCAAGAAGGUUUUUCUUUCAGUUAUUUCUUCUAUCUCCGAGGUUUCAUCAGAAGAAUGGGAUGCAUGUGCCGUAGAUAUGGACGGACCUGAAAAGUUAAAUCCAUUUCUUUCUCAUGGCUUUCUUUCAAGCUUAGAGGAGUCUGGUUGUUCUGUGAAGGAAACAGGAUGGGCACCAAAACACAUUAUUGCGAAGGAUGAAGUUGACAAUGUCAUUGGCGUGGUUCCACUAUAUCUUAAAAGUCAUUCCUAUGGAGAAUAUGUCUUUGAUCAUUCAUGGGCCAAUGCUUACUAUAGUUAUGGUUCGAGGUAUUAUCCCAAGUUACAAAGUUGUGUACCAUUUACUCCAGUUACUGGUCCAAGAAUCUUACUUCGUAAUACUGCCUGCAAAGAUGAAGUUUUCGAUAUAAUGGUAUCUGCACUUAAAGAUCUAACGGUUAAGUUCCAGGUGUCGUCGAUGCAUGUUACGUUUGCAAAUGAACGUCAGUGUCAUGGAAUGAAAGACAAGGGCUUCCUUCAAAGAAUAGGCAUGCAAUACCACUGGAAAAAUCGGAAUUACAAGAAUUUUGAUGAGUUUCUGAUGGAUUUGAAACAAAGCAAGAGAAAAAAUAUUCGCCAGGAACGUAAAAAGAUUUUUGCUCAAAACUUGACUAUGAAGCGUCUACGAGGAUAUGAGAUUAAGGCAAAACACUGGGACACCUUCUAUCAAUUCUACAAGAAUACUACUGACAACAAGUGGGGUACUCCUUACUUGACGAGGGAUUUCUUCCAUAAUAUGGCAUCAAAGAUGGGAGAUCAAGUGCUGCUAGUUAUUGCUGAAGAACAGGAUGAACUUGUUGCUGGGUCCCUUAAUCUAAUAGGUGGUGAUACCCUAUAUGGACGCCUGUGGGGUUGUCUCCCAGAAUCUUACUAUCCAAGUUUGCAUUUUGAAUCAUGUUACUAUCAGGCAAUAGAAGCUGCUAUUGAAUUCAAUUUGGACAAGGUGGAAGCAGGAGCUCAGGGUGAGCACAAAAUCCAGCGGGGAUACCUACCUGUAACAACUUAUAGCUCCCAUUACAUUGUUGAUGAAGAUUUUCGGAAAGCUAUAGAAGAUUUUCUAGUGCGAGAAACUGAGCAGAUGAUGCUUGUAAUGAAGGUAUUGCGUGAAUCUGGGCCCUUCAAAGAUGAUAUAAAAUGGGAUAUUCAAGAAUAGCUUGCAAUUUUUUCGACGCAGACAUAUAGUUGACUUCAGCAAACUACAAUGUAUUCAUGCAGGAAAGAGUGUACAAGAUGAAAAAUGAUAACUUCGCUGAUUCUACUCCCUUCAUUUUUUUUACUUGUAUCAGUUGGAUUCACCAUUCGACCAUUAAAUAUUUUUUAUUUGUAAAAAUUACAAAAAUUGAUAAUAUGAAAAUAUGUAUUGUGACUAAUCCAACAACAUUUUACAUUAAUAACAUUUAAUUAUUAUGUAA